AUGACUGUCUAUAGGGAAGGUGGUGAAAUCAGUAAACGCAGAGACUAUUUGUCUGUCGAAAAACAAUUUCUUAUUACUAGAAAUGUUCCUUGUUUGAGACGUGUUAAACAAAUGGAGUAUACUGAUGAGGAUUCCGAGACUCAAGUUGAGACUGAGGAUGGUGAAGAGGCAUGGGUAGCGACUCAUAGUGGUCGAGCUACGACAAAUAUCGAGGAAAUUGCUCAACAAAUCGAAGGAGAUGAAGAUGAAAUAUCGAAAAGACUGAGCAAAGUUACAGUAGACGAUAUAAUUGACAAGGAUGACGAUGAUAUUCCGAAUAUUGAAGAUAUUCCGGACAUAGAUGAAGUGGAAGAAGGGCUGGAGGAAGAUGAGGAUCCGUCGGCUUUACCAACAAAUAAUAAUGAGGAUGCGCCAAGUGAUAAGAUUCUCCAAGUGCGUACUUAUGAUGUGUUCAUCACAUAUGAUAAAUAUUAUCAAACACCACGAAUGUGGUUAUAUGGAUACGAUGAGCAUCGCCGGCCAUUGACUUCAGUUCAAAUAUUCGAAGACAUUUCUCAAGACUAUGCAAAAAAGACCGUAACAAUCGAAACACAUCCUCAUCUAAACAUGUCGUUAGCCAGCAUUCAUCCAUGUCGUCAUGCUCAGGUCAUGAAAAAAAUUAUCGAGAAAAUGAACGAAGAAAGUGUGAAAAAAUUCGAGACAUUUCAACAGAUGCAAUUAGAGAAACAGCAACAACAACAAUCGGGUGGUGGUGUUUCUACUCCCAGUCCACAGGCUGAACAGGCACAAGUUAGAGUUGAUCAGUGA